CCGGGGCGUGUGAGAUCAGGGAGUGUGACAUUCAUAACAUGGAGAGGGGCCGAAAAGACAUAUGACACUGGCACCAAAUACUUUUGACUACGUAUUACCGUCGCCUGUUGAGCACCUGCUUUGCAUUAUGCUGACGCUGUCCAGGCUUAUCUGUCCUAAUUAGCGCCUUGGAGUUGACUGCUUCCCCGCAAUUUCGCCCUCGACGACUUCAAAUGGCCCAAAACACCGACUUUACUGGUCCCCACCGGGAUCAUUUGAUUAGUGCCAAGGCAGCGACCCUGAUUCUGCGCGGCAUUAUCGCGGCGGGGCCACCGCCGCUCGCCGGUGUUGUGGAUGGCGAGCAAGAAGGCCAGCCAGGAGGAGACGUGGACGACCUUCCAAGGACGGAUGCCGCCGACAACCUGAGGGGGAUCCGGAGCAGGAGCGCAAACUUCCAGUCGGCAAAGCGCGAGCAAGAAGCCGACGAGACCCCGGAAGGCAGCGAAGUGCCCGUAAACCCGUCAAGCAAGAAGGCUCGAACCAAAUGAACAGGCGGGGCCCAAAUAUCGAGCCUUGCGGAAGGAUAUUCAGUUAUGGGGGAUUCAAACCUCACCCCCCGCUCUUACCCAAACGCACACAAAUCCUCGACAUAUCCAAAGACCAUGUUGCCAUUGGCAAGCCCAGAUGAGCAAUUUAGAGCGCAUAUCUACGACCCACGAGUGUUGGUACGGCGGAGAACCAGAAUGGCUCUCCCUGGAUACCUCAUGCUGAAUAUUUCGGUCGCAAAACUGCGGCAAGCAAUAUUUGAUGUGGAAUUGGCCGAGGACGGUGUCGAAGAAUGGUCUAUAGUAUCGAUCCACCGUUCGCUCAAAGAGAGCCGAUGGAACGAAAUGUGGAAUUAGAGGACAAUUAAAUCAAAGUUGCCCUUCUUGAGCGUAUGGUGCAUGUUUCCGGAAAUAAGAACAGAUGAAUUCACUUGGAAGUUUUC